AACUCGCGCAUGACGAUUGAAGUAAACAAUAACUUCAAUCGCUGAAAUUUCUUCUCUUCAAUGACUGCUUAUUACCUUCAUGGCCUGAUCGUUUAUGUUCCACGAAAUUCAACUAGAUUAGGCUUAUUGCGUUUUUUCGUUAUUGUUUUUUUCAGUUCCCCUAGUAAUUUUGAAAACAAAUAUGAAACGAGCUGCUUACGAGAGAGUUUUCGUUACUGUCGGAACGACUAAGUUCGAGGAGCUAAUUGAUAAAGUGACUGAUCCUACAGUAGUUAAUGAAUUGCGACGAUUAGGUUGCCGUAAACUGCACCUCCAGAUCGGACGUGGCAAGCGUCCAAUCAUAUCAAAAUCAGUUUUGGGUAGUGAUAUUGAAUUAAAAUUUUUUGAUCUAAAGACCAGCAUAGCGGAAGACAUUCAGCAAGCAGAUCUAGUAAUCAGUCAUGCAGGUGCCGGCAGCUGUAUUGAAGUUCUUGGUGCAGAAAAACCGCUUAUUGUGGUAAUUAAUGAUCGAUUAAUGGACAACCACCAAGCGGAACUUGCAGAACGACUGUCGCAGGAAGGCUAUCUGUUAUACUGCACAUGCUCUACGCUGAGCACAACUUUGGCAGAAAGAAACUUGGAUCAGCUUAAGAAAUUUCCACCGGGUACUCCCGCAAAAUUCACUAGUUAUUUGGAUGCAUUUAUGGGUUAUUAGAAAUUAGCGUGAGUGUUUCAAUAAUUAAUGUGUUACAAAUAUCAAUAUGGUAAUGGGUUAUCACACUUAUAAAAGUUCGUAAAGAUACCUAUGUGGGAAACAAUCAGAAAGCUGUCUUUUGUCAAAUAAAAGGUACGCAAACCAACUUCAA